UUUGAAUUAAAUAGUCGUAAGUCUCGUACAACUGAUUUCUCUCCCAGUGUUUAAUACUUGCAAAAAACGAAUAUAACGACAAGUGUGUUUUAUUCUCUAAAAAACAUUGAUUCCAUCAACUGAAAUGAAGUAUUUUUUGGUGAUACUCCUUUUGUUUAUUGAAUUGAAAGCUGCACGUUCCGAUACUGAUUUGGAUCAUCAGCUAUUAAAUGCCGUUAGAAGGGGUAAUGUGAAUAAGGUCAAAUAUCUACUAGCACAUGGUGCCAAUGCAAAUUUCGACGAUGGAGAAAAAUCAACACCACUCCAAUAUGCUGCUAUGGCGGAUCAUACAAAUGUAAUAAAAACUCUCAUCGAGGUGGAGCCAACGCUAAUUUCCCAUCAACAGAUAAAAAUACACCGCUUCAUUAUACUGAAGUGGGGUAACAUAGAAGCGAUCAAGUACCUAGUCGACCAUGGAGCCAAUGUAAAUGCUGAAGACAGUGACAAACGUACACCUCUUCAUCUUUCUGCACAAAAUGGUCAAACAGAAGCAACCAAAACAUUAAUCGAUUUUGGAGCCAUUGUAAAUGUCGAAGACAACGGGCAGAAGAGUCCGCUUCAUUACGCUGUUGACAAAGGGCACAUGGAAACAAUCAAAACUCUUAUUGAACAUAAAGCCAAUGUAAGUGCCGUGGAUAAAGACAAAAAAACACCACUUCACUGGGCGGCGGAGUAUGGCCACAUAGAUGUAGUCAAAUAUCUAGUUGAACAUGGUGCUAAUAUGAAUGACGUGGAUAAAGACAAACGAACACCACUUCACUGGGCCGCUUAUUGUGAUCAAACAGAUGUUGUCAAAUAUGUAGUUGAUCAUAGAGGCAAUGUGAAUGUCGCUAAUAAUUAUAAUGUCACACCCCUUCAUUACUCUGCUAAAAAUGGUAAUUUAGAAGCAAUAAAAUAUCUAGUCGAACAUGGCGCAAAUGUGAAUUCGGAAGAUAAAGAUAAAAAAACAUCACUCCACUGGUCAGUUAGUAAUGGUUACACUGACAUGGUCAAAAGUUUAAUCGAAUAUGAAGCAAAUAUAAAUGCUGAAGACAAUACCAAACGUCAAACAGAAGUGGUCAAAUACCUAAUUGAUCAUGGAGCCAACGUAAAUUCUCGUGACAUGGUCAACGAAACACCUCUGCAUAUCUCAGCUAUUAACGGUCACUUAGAUUUAGUAAAAACACUAUAUGAUCACGGAGCUGAUGUGAAUGCAAUAAAUAAAGUGAAUAUCAUGCCAUUACACUAUGCCGCUGUGCAUGGCCAUAAAGAUGUACUCAAAUAUCUAGUCGAACAUGGAGCGAAUAUAAAUACCAUAAUUUUUUGGAAUAAAAAAACGCCAUUACAUCACGCUGUUGUGAAAGGUCAAACAGAUGUAGUCUAAUUGCUAGUCGAACAUGGAGCACAUGAAUGUGAAUCCUGGAGAUGAAGAUAAAGAUACACCUAUUCAUUGGGCUGCUCAUCAUGGUUAUACCGAUAUAAUUAAAUAUCUAGUCGAACAUAAAGCCAAUGUGAAUGCGGUAGAUAGCGAUAAACACUCACCUCUCCACUGGGCUGCUUGAGAAGGUCAAAGAGAAGCAGUCAAAACUUUAAUUGAACUUGGAGCCAAUGUAAAUUCUGAAGACCAUGAGAGAAAGCAGCCUCUGUACUGGGCUGCUAAGAAUGGUCACACAAAAACAGUCGAAUAUCUCGUCGAACAUGGAGCCGAUGUAAAUAUCAUAAUUGGUAACGAAGGAACACUCCUCCAUUAUGCUGCAAAGAAUGGUAAAAUAAACGAAAUCAAAACUCUAAUCGAUCAUCGAGCCAAUGUUGAUGCGAAAAAUAAUAACGAGUCAUCGCCGCUCCACUACGCUAUUCAGAAUCAGAGCUGUCAACGAACGUUCGUUCGUUCGUUCGUAGGCAAAAAAUAUUUUUAUUUUGUUCGUUCGUUCGUUCGUAGAAA